AUGAAGAAAGACGUAGCCACAAAGAAGCGAAGAAUAAGAUGCGCAGCUCCAGCCCGGCGAACCGUUGUCAUCGAAGAAUACCUGAAAGCAAAACACAAUUACAAAGAAGAAAUAGAAAAAGCAGUAAUAAAUAGUUGGAAGUCCUUUUGCAGCAGAGACAGAGACCGGGAGAGCCUUUGGGAUGGCAUAUAUAGAGUCAUAAAACGAACCAACGAAAGGAAGAAAGAUCAAAAUAUGCUGAAAAAAGAUGGAAGGGUUCUGACGCCUGAAGAGUCAGCACAAUAUCUGGCGGAGACCCUCUUCCCAGAGGACACGAAAAAGGGAGAAAGCAGGGAACACUCAGACAUAAGGAGCAGAGCCGAAAAGAUAAACAAUAUGGAACAUAAUGCCAACUAUGAUCCACUGUUUACUCACACGGAACUAACCGAAAGUGUUGCCAGCUUCAACCCAAAAAAGGCACCCGGGGAAGAUGGGUUCACUGCGGAUAUAUGCGGACAUGCGAUAUCAGCAAAUCCAUCCAUCUAUCUAACGUUGGCAAACAAAUGCCUAACACUCGGAUACUUUCCUGCCCGAUGGAAAAAAGCCACAGUUAUUAUACUAAGGAAACCGGACAGGGAAGCAUAUGACCAGCCCAAGGCAUAUCGCCCCAUAGGGCUGCUUCCUGUACUAGGCAAGAUCAUGGAAAAGAUGAUAGUCAAAAGGCUGAACUGGCAUUUGAUACCAAGAAUGUCGGAGAGGCAAUAUGGCUUCGUCCCACAAAAGGGCACGGAGGACGCGCUGUAUACGCUGACAAAACAUAUUAGGGAAGGUCUGAAGGCAAAAAAGGUGGUGACGGUAGUGUCUCUCGAUAUCGAGGGGGCUUUCGACAACGCUUGGUGGCCGGCAAUUAAAACUAGACUAGCCGAAGAAGACUGCCCCCUUGGUGUCGGGAGGAUUGUCGACAGCUACCUUAGGGACAGGAAGAUCAGAGUUAUAUAUGGAGGUACAGCCUGGGAAAAAACCACAAGUAAAGGGUGUGUUCAAGGCUCCAUCAGCGGACCGACACUUUGGAAUUUACUGGUGGACCCCCUGCUAAAAGAGCUAGAACAUCAAAAUGUAUACGUACAAGCCUUCGCUGACGACAUUGUGCUGGUCUUCACAAACGAUACCGCGCUGGAAACGGAAAAAAGUGCCAACCAAGCACUAACACAUGUCCAAAGGUGGGGACAGCGCAACAAACUAAAGUUCGCACCACACAAAACAAAGUCUAUGGUGAUAACAAAUCGGACUAAAUACGAUGUCCCGAGACUCACCAUGGCUGGUGUGGACAUCGAAACUUUUAAAAGUAUAAAGAUACUGGGCCUAACAAUAGACAACAAAAUGACUUUUGGCGAACAUACAGCAGUGGUGGCAAAAAAGGCAAUAAACAUUUACAAGCAGUUAGCCAAAACAGCAAAAGUGAGCUGGGGCUUAAAUCCGGACAUAAUCCGAACGAUUUAUACAGCGGUGGUUGAACCAGUAAUCCUAUACGCAGCAAGCGCUUGGUCCCCAUCCGUUAGUAAACUGUACAUAAAGAAAAGGUUGGACUCAGUCCAACGAGGUUUUGCGGCAAAAAUAUGUAAAGCCCAUAAAACCGCGUCGCUUAAUUCAGUUAGAGUGCUCGCCGGGCUGCUACCCCUCGACCUAAGAGUUGUAGAGGAGGCAACACUUUUUAAAAUUAAAAAAGGACACGACACCUUGGAAGUGCUGAAAGAUGUGGAGAUAGAACUAAAAACGCCCUACCAAAACACUCCACACCCUGCAAAAAUCCCCCAAAUUAGUUAUCGAGUUUUAGCAAAUGAAGAGGUGAAUAAUGAAGACAAAAUACACGUCUACACAGAUGGCAGUAAAACAAGCGAGGGCGUGGGUGCGGCGGUGACAUUCUGGAGAAACGAUCGUGAGAUCCUAAAACAUAAAUUAACCCUGGCCGGCUUUUGCAGUGUUUACCAGGCCGAAUUAUUGGCCUUGAAAAAAGCAGUGCACUUGGCGGUGCGGCGAAAGGAGGUCGGCUUUAAUAUAUUUAGUGAUGCAAGGUCAGCGCUUGACGCUAUAACAAGUAGCCGCUCUCUCAGUCCCCUCGUCACCGAUAUUCGUGAAGUGCUCGGAAAACACCCGGAAAAGGAAAUAAAACUUUUCUGGGUGAAAGCCCACGCAGGUAGGGAGGGAAAUGAGAGAGCGGACGAGCUAGCCAAAGAAGCAACAAAAAACCACAAAAACAAGCCGACCUACGAUCGCUGCCCGCUGUCGCAUCUAAAGCGCCUCAUAAGAGCGGAAACGCUGCAAAAGUGGGCCACAAGGUACAAAAACGAACAAACAGGGAAAAUAACAAAAAUGUUCUUCCCGGAUGCCAUCGCUGCAUACAAAAUAAUCAGAAAUAUAACAUUUAACAGUACACUGUCUCAGAUACUCACAGGACACGGGGGAUUUUCUGCCUACUUAUAUAGGUUUAAAUUAAAAGAAAGCCCGACGUGCAUAUGUGGAUACGCAGAGGAAGACGUUCCACACAUCCUAUUCGACUGUCCCGUCCACUUCUACGUAAGAAUGAAACUUGAAAACCAGAUAGAUGUAGACAAAAUAGGCAAAUGUAAUAUAGCAUCGGAAUUAGCGAAAAAAGAUAAUAGAAAAACGAUACUUCAAUAUUGUAUAGAAAUAGGAACCUUAGUAAAUAAUAGAAAUAAGUAA